AUGUCAAGAACCCCUAUGAUUCUCCCCCUUAUUGCAGACUCAAAGAAGCAUGCGGUUAAUCCUGCUGGUCGGGCUACUCGGACUCAUACUUCUAUCGCCACCACCGAAGGUUCUACUUUUCAUACUUCAUCUCAAAAAUCCGCAUGGAUUAUCAACUCAGGUGCUACGGAUCACCUGACUUUUGAUCCUAGCCAACUUAUUAGUCGCAAAUCAUCCACUCUGUCGGCGGUGUCUAAUGCUAAUGGUACCCCCUCCCCUGUGGUUGGGGAGGGCUCUCUAUCUCUCUCUACUUCCCUACAUCUGAAUUCUACGAUUGGUUGUGGUACUCGACGGGGCAAAUUUUACUACUUGGACUGGGCAUCGGAUAAUGCGGUCAAGGUUGGUCAAGCUUUCAGAACCAGUGGAACUCGUUCUGAGGGGGAGAGAGACAAAAUUUGGUUAUGGCAUAAACGUCUUGGGCAUGCCUCGUUCGGUUAUCUUAAGAAGUUGUUUCCAUCAUUAUUUUCCAAUCUUGAUGUUUCCAGCUUCCAGUGUGAUACGUGUGAAUUGGCUAAGAGCCAUCAUGUCCCAUUCCCAUUAAGUUCAAAUAAGAGUUUGGUUCCGUUUUUCCUUAUUCAUUCUGAUGUUUGGGGACCUGCUAAAAUUGCCACUCCGGCAGGGGCGCGAUGGUUUGUCACGUUUAUAGAUGAUUGA